UCCUGAAAAAGCGCCUCCUGCUCCCUGUGCGCUUUAAAAGUGGGGCGCUGGUGAGGAGGGUCUUUGCGGGAGCCCAGCUGCAGGCAUGACGGCCGAGGAGCGGCGGAAUCUGCACGCCUUCCGGGACUAUGUCACCAAGAUCCUGGACCCUACCUACAUCCUGAGCUACAUGUCCCCCUGGUUUAAGGAGGAUGAGGUGCAGUAUAUUCAAGCUGAGAAAAACAACAAGGGUGUGAUGGAGGCUGCUACACUUUUUCUCAAGUUCCUAUUGGAGCUCCAGGAGGAAGGCUGGUUUCGUGGCUUUUUGGAUGCUCUUCACCAUGCAGGUUAUUCUGGACUUUAUGAAGCCAUUGAAAGUUGGGAUUUCCACAAAAUAGAAAAGUUGGAGGAACAUAGAUCGCUUUUAAGGCGUUUGCAACCAGAAUUUAAAACCAGAAUUAAUCCAAAUGAUAUCCUUCCUGAAGUAUCUGAAUGUUUAAUUAAUCAGGAAUGUGAAGAAAUUAGACAGGUUUGUUCCAACAAGGGGCCGAUGGCAGGUGCAGAGAAAAUGGUUGAGUGCCUUCUCAGAUCAGACAAGGAGAACUGGCCCAAAUAUUUGAAACUUGCUUUGGAGAAAGAAGAGAGCAAUUUCAGUGAACUGUGGAUUAUAGAGAAAGGUGCAAAAGAGGAAACGAAAGAGCUUGAGGAUGGGGAAAUAGAAACUUCCGACGUACAGAUUUUCUACAAGGAAGAACCAGAAUGCCAGAAUCUUAGUCAGAAUUCAUGUCCACCUUCAGAAGCAUCUUGUACUCAGAGCCCAAUUAAGCCAAGAAAUUACCAACUAGAGCUUGCUCGUCCUGCUUUAGAAGGAAAAAACACAAUAAUAUGUGCUCCUACUGGUUGUGGGAAAACCUUUGUUGCACUUCUCAUAUGUGAACAUCAUCUUCAGAAAUUUCCGCAAGGACAAAAGGGGAAGAUUGUGUUUUUUGCUAAUCAACUCCCAGUGUAUGAACAGCAGAAAUCCGUCUUCUUAAAAUAUUUUGAAAGACAUGGGUACAAAAUUGCAGGCGUUUCUGGAGCCACAGUUGAGAAUAUCUCAGUGGAUCAGAUUGUUGAGAACAAUGACAUCAUCAUUUUAACUCCACAGAUUCUUGUGAACAGCCUUAAAAAUGGGACUAUUCCAUCACUCUCUGUCUUUACUUUGAUGAUAUUUGAUGAAUGCCACAACACCAGCAAACUCCAUCCUUACAAUGUGAUCAUGUUUCAUUAUCUAGAUCAGAAACUUGGAGGAUCUUCAGACCCACUGCCCCAGGUCAUUGGGCUGACUGCCUCAGUUGGCGUUGGGGAUGCCAAAAACACAACGGAAGCCACGGAGUAUAUCUGCAAGCUGUGCGCUUCUCUUGACACAUCAGUGGUGGCAACAGUCAAAGACAACUUGGAGGAACUGGAGGAGAUUGUUUAUAAGCCCCAGAAGUUUUUCAGGAAAGUGAAAUCACGGACCACCAACAGAUUUAAAUGCAUCAUCUCUGAGCUGAUGAAGGAGACAGAGAGUCUGGCAAAGAGCAUCUUUGGUGAACUCGGUACCAUAAGUCUCGAAAACUUAUCUCAGAUUCAAAACAGGAAUUAUGGAACACAGAAAUAUGAACAGUGGAUCGUUGCAGUUCAGAAAAAGUGUGCAGUGCUGCACCUGCCAGACAAAGACAAGGAGAGCAGGAUUUGUACAGCGCUGUUUUUGUACACUUCACAUCUGCGGAAAUUUAAUGAUGCCCUCCUUAUCAAUGAGCAUGCACGGACGAAAGAUGCUCUGGAUUACUUGAAAGACUUCUUCAGCAAUGUCCGCUCAGCAGGAUUUGAUGAGAUAGAGCAAGAUCUCACUCGCAGAUUUGAAGAAAAGUUGCAAGAACUAGAGAGCAUUUCUAUGGAUCCCAGCAAUGAGAACCCUAAACUGAAGGACCUCUGCUUCAUCUUGCAAGAGGAGUACCACUUAAACCCAGAGACCAGAACCAUUCUCUUUGUGAAAACCAGAGCACUUGUGGAUGCUUUAAAGAAAUGGAUUGAGGAAAAUUCUAUACUCAGCUUUCUAAAACCUGACAUUCUGACUGGACGUGGCAAAACAAGUCAGAACAUAGGAAUGACCCUCCCAGCACAGAAGUGUGUACUGGAUGCAUUCCGAGCCAGUGGCGAUAAGAAGAUUCUGAUCGCCACCUCCGUUGCUGAUGAAGGCAUCGACAUUGCACAGUGCAAUCUGGUCAUCCUAUACGAGUACGUGGGCAAUGUCAUCAAAAUGAUCCAAACCAGAGGCAGAGGAAGAGCAAGAGGUAGCAAAUGCUUCCUUCUGACUAGUAAUGAUGAUGUAAUUGAAAAAGAAAAAAUAAACAUAUACAAAGAAAAAAUGAUGAAUGACUCCAUUCUAAGCCUCCAGGCAUGGGAUGAAACAGUAUUUAAAAAAAAGAUUCACCAGAUCCAGAUUCAUGAAAAAUUCAUCAGGGAUAGUCAAGGAAAAGCAGAACCUGCACUUGAUAAGAAAAAUAAAAAACUGCUCUGCAGAAAGUGCAAAGCCUUUGCUUGUCAUACAGCAGAUAUAAGAGUGAUAGAGGAAUGCCAUUACACUGUGGUUGGAGAUGCUUUCAAGGAGUGCUUCGUGACUAAGGCACACCCCAGACCAAAGAGUGUGGGGAUUUUUGAGAAGAAAGCAAAGGUAUUCUGUGCCAGACAGAACUGCAGCCAUGACUGGGGCAUCCAUGUGAAGUAUAAGACAUUUGAGAUCCCAAUCAUAAAAAUUGAAAGUUUUGUGGUGGAGGAUAUUGCAACUGGAGAGCAGAGACUGUAUGCAAAGUGGAGGGACUUUCAUUUUGAGAAGCUACCAUUUGAUCCUGCAGAAAUGUCCAAAUGACCUCAGGACCACAAGCUUCGACUACAGCGAAUGGGUGAUCGUGAGUGAAGAAGAAAUUAUCCCUAGUAGGCAGAUCGCUUGUACCACAUGAAGAUAUUUACCUAAGGCUUGUACUGUACUAAAUAUUUAUCACUUUACUCACCUUCUUUUCAUAGUUUUCAACGGUUUGCAUGAUAUCAUAUGCAUAAAGCACAUAGGAGUGAAUCAGACCCUCAAUGAUUCCUAGGCCAACAGAGCUCUAAGUACUUGGGACAAAUUUUAAAGCCUCACCUUGUUCUCUUUCUAUUCUUCCCUUUGGAACCAACUGUCAGUGUAUACCCAGUAGCCACUCAGUAUGCUUUAGAAUAAAUAAAUGAAUGGAUGGAAUGUUUUCCAUA